AUGAAUGAAACCGCACGACGACGAAGACGACAUGGCGAGAUUCGAGUGGCGUUCGACGAAGAACCGGAAUGGUGGGGUGGUGGAACGAGUCUCGAUGCGAACGAUGAAAAAGGGAAGGGGACAAGCAGACCAGGCCAGACGAGCUUGAAGACGAGAGAGGCGGAAGAGACUGAGACUCGAACGACGAUGACGCACACCAUCCAUCCAAUCGAAGCUCGAAGCGCAAAGCUAAACCAUAACGCGUAUGGCUCGAUAGAGGAGGAUAGCCAUCACAGCCCAUCACAGCACCCUUCCUCGCCUUCCAACUUCGAAAAAGAUGUACACCAACCACCUCACCCGUCACCCUCCAUCCAUCAACCUUCAUCCACGGAAGCCAUCCACAUCCACAUCUACGCUUCCGUCCACGCCUAUGCUCCAUCAUCAUCCACCAUCUAG